GAACUCAAUAACUUCCGGGGCAAGUGUAGCAUGCUCUUCCACUAUGACAUGGUCAGUGUGCCUUUGGUCUACACACAGGUCGUCACUCUGGCCGUGUACAGUUUCUUCUUCGUGUGUCUGAUUGGACGGCAGUUCCUUGAGCCCGCCCAGGCCUACCCAGGUCACGACCUCGACCUCUACGUGCCCAUCUUCACCCUGCUGCAGUUCUUCUUCUAUGCUGGUUGGCUGAAGGUGGCUGAGGAGCUCAUUAAUCCAUUUGGGGAGGACGACGACGACUUUGAGACCAACUGGCUGAUUGACAGAAACUUCCAGGUGUCCAUGAUGGCAGUGGAUGAGAUGUUUGGAGAUCUCCCCCUGCUGGAGAGGGAUCGCUACUGGAACGACUCGAACCCCAGACCGCCCUACACGGCAGCCACCCUGUUUGUGCUGAGGAAGCCCUCUUUCCAGGGCUCCACCUUCGACAUGACUAUCCCUAAGGAGGAGAUGCACUUCCAGCCGCUCGAGGAGAUCGCCGAGAACACAGAGGAACACCGGGGGCGGAACCCCAACCUGCCACUCAUCAACCGGUUGCUAAGCGCCGCCCCCUCCCCCAGCGGCCUGAUGGGCGGGGCCCUGAGGCGGACCUCUGCCCAGCUGCAGCGGCUCACGCGCUCCGCCAGCCCCGACCCCUCCUACUCCGAGGAGGACGAGGAGGGCAGCGACAGGGAGGGGGUGGGGGGCGGGUCCCUGGGCUCGGGGUUGGGACAGGACACACUGAGCACGCUCUGUAGCUUCCCGGGCGCGGCCAGCAGCCCCAACGUUGCCGUGGCGACGGUGAGAUUCGACGGGAUAGGUGACGGAGAGGAGGAAGACGAGAGGGACGAGAAAGAGGCGGGGAGGAGGAGAGAGGUUGGCACGGAAAAACGGGUGUUGGUGCCACUGCUGCCCCCUCCUGUCAGUCAAGUCGCUAGCAAAUGUCUUAGUCGCCGUGGCAACACACCCUCCACCGUCUUCAAGGCCCGCCUCUCCUCGGCCAAUCGCUCCACCCCAGACUUCCUCUCUUUCCAGCCAAUCACCAACAGGGCUAGAGUCACGACCCCACCCGUGGCUAAGCCAAUCAGCUGCAACAAAGCCACUGGCAUAUCCUUGCUCACUGUGCCCUCGUUUGACACCACGCCCGCUGUUUCCAUGGGUGACGUUGCCACGGCGACUGUGGCGGGACAGGGAACUCGCUCCCGCAGCGUCAGCAUGGGCUCCUCCGACGUGGGGGCGUCGCCCUCAAAGACUAUUGGCUAA